UUGGACAGCGGCGGAGGCGGGCUCGGAGCCGAUUGGCCGCCUGCCCUCGGCCCGCCUUUUCCUGAGGAGCCUGGCGCCGGUGAGAAGAUGGCGGCGGCCGCGGCGCGCCUGUGGUGGCUGCUGGCGGCGGCGGCGGCGGCCGGGGCCGGGCCCCGCACCCUGGUGCUGCUGGAGAACGGCAGCCUGCGGGACACGCACUCGCUCUUCUUCCGCAGUCUGGCGGACAGGGGCUUCGAGCUCACCUUCCGCACCGCGGACGACGCCGGGCUGUCCCUCAUCAAGUACGGGGAGUUCCUCUACGACAACCUCAUCGUCUUCGCGCCGUCCAUCGAAGAUUUCGGGGGGAACAUCAACGUGGAGACCAUCACCGCCUUCAUCGACGGCGGAGGCAGCGUCCUGGUGGCUGCCAGCUCGGACAUCGGUGAUCCACUGCGAGAGCUGGGCAGUGAAUGCGGGAUAGAAUUUGAUGAGGAAAGGACAGCUGUUAUCGACCAUCACAACUACGAUAUAUCAGACCCAGGCCAGCACACGCUCAUAGUCGCAGAUGCUGAGAAUCUACUGAAGGCUCCCACCAUCGUGGGGAAAACGACGCUGAACCCCAUCCUCUUCCGAGGAGUUGGGAUGGUGGCUGAUCCUGACAACCCGCUGGUGCUGGAUAUCCUGACCGGCUCUUCUACCUCUUACUCCUUUUUCCCAGAUAAGCCCAUUACUCAGUAUCCACAUGCGGUUGGGAAGAACACCCUUCUGAUCGCAGGACUCCAAGCAAGGAACAACGCUCGUGUUGUUUUCAGUGGCUCUUUGGAUUUCUUCAGCGAUGCCUUCUUCAAUUCUGCUGUGCAGAAAGCUACUCCUGGCUCCAAGAGGUACUCGCAGACUGGUAAUUACGAGCUGGCUGUUGCCUUGUCGCGCUGGGUGUUCAAGGAAGAGGGCGUGCUGCGCGUUGGAGCUGUGUCUCACCACCGUGUGGGAGAACUUGCACCUCCUAAUGCCUACACCGUCACCGAUCUCGUGGAGUACAGCAUCGUAAUUGAAAAGCUUUCUGAUGGAAAGUGGGUUCCCUUUGACGGAGAUGAUAUCCAGCUGGAGUUCGUCCGCAUCGAUCCGUUCGUGCGGACUUUCUUGAAGAGAAACGGUGGCAAGUACAGCGUGCAGUUCAAGCUGCCGGAUGUCUACGGAGUGUUCCAGUUCAAAGUGGAUUAUAACCGCCUGGGUUAUACCCACCUCUACUCCUCUACCCAGGUGUCCGUGCGUCCCCUCCAGCACACGCAGUACGAACGUUUCAUCCCCUCGGCGUACCCGUACUACGCUGGAGCCUUCUCCAUGAUGGUGGGCCUCUUCAUGUUCAGCAUUGUCUUCUUGCACAUGAAGGAAAAGGAGAAAUCCGACUGAGCUCUCCCUAUGGGAGGAGGAGCCUUUUCCCUGGCACCGUGUGGAGAGGGGCAGCACUCGGGGCCCUUACAGUAACUGUGUGAGGACUGGUAGGUGCCAGACUGGUUUGGGGCUUUUUUUUUUUUAUUACUAUUAUUACAUAUGGGUUGAUGAACAAGAGAGAAAAUGAAGUAAAACGGGAUUUGUUGAAAUGUUUGCAAACACGGAAAUGUGACGUCUCAGGUCUUGUUGCUCCUUGAUUGUUUCUCAGUGCUGCUGUUCUGUUUGCCCCACCCUGUGGCUGGAAUGAUUUUGAGUUGAGAUUAACUCCAUUUUCAAAAUAAAGUCUUGUUCCUCUCACCG